AAAACACAGAAAUAGAACAUAAACACAGUUCAAAGCCACUGCUCUCUCUCUCUCUCUCUCUCUCUCUCUGUUGUUUCACAUGCUUACACAUAGUUGCACCCUCAAAUUAGACAAAGCAUAAGGAAGAACCUUCUUGUCACGCCUCUUCUCUCGUUGUGGUCCACCAAACCCUAGCCAUUUUCUUCUUUUAAAACAAAAAACAAAAAAUUAAACCCAUAUUUGAUCUCCUUAAAAAGCAUCUCUUGGUUCUUUGUUUUCUAGAUCAAGAUUUACUGCAACAACAAAAAAAAAAUGGAAUGGUCGAACGAAAACGUGAGAGCUGCCCUUAUGCCGCGGUGGCCGUAUCCUAAUCACCCCUUUAACUUGCUCCACAACUUCAGUUUUGAUCCUUACGCAGGGAAUUCAUCUACAACGGCCGAUACACAAACCGGUCCGGUUCUACCCGUACCAGAACCGGAAAACGUCACAAAUGGAAACCGGUUCCUGAACAACAGCAACGACAGUAACGAGAAGGUGAUGAUGAUGACGAUGAUGAUGAAGAAGAAGAGACUAACGAGCAGUCAAUUGGCUUCACUCGAACGAAGCUUUCACGAAGAGAUAAAGCUGGAUUCAGACAGGAAGAUGAAACUGUCACGAGAACUCGGUCUGCAACCUCGGCAGAUCGCCGUCUGGUUUCAGAACCGUCGUGCUCGGUGGAAGGCCAAGCAGCUUGAACAGUUGUACGACUCUCUCCGGCUAGAAUACGACGCCGUUGCACAAGAGAAACUCAGGCUUCAAGAAGAGGUGAAGAAGUUGAGAGCUAUAUUGAGAGAUCAGGGUUUGAACAAGAAGCAAAUCUCUACAGGAACGGUAGAUUUUUCCGGCGGAGAUGAGACGGCAGAAAUCACAUCAGUGAUAGCUCCUCCUAGAUCGGAAAAUCAUCUGGCCGGAGGAAAUUUUCUUUACAGCAUCGACGAAUAUAACGACCCGGUGGUCCUCGCCGGCUCACCUUGCUGGCCGUCGAUGGUGUAAUGAAUAUAACAUAGAAAAACCUUUAGUUUAGGACUUAGGGUUAAUGUCGGAUCAAGACCAAUCUCCUGUUCCAUGUAUGUCCCUUUGUUACUCUAAAUCUAUCUUCUGUUUCACCGUUUCA